AUAAAAUGUGCUGAGGAUGACAGUUGUGUCUCAAUAAUUAUUCGAAUAAUUGAUUUUGAGUUAGUCGGUUAGUUUGUCUGGAUUUUUGACGAUUUUUUUUGCAAAUCGAAAUUAUGUCCGAUAGUUUGGAAGCCGAAGAGAAUCUAUACGAAAAUGAAUCAGAUUUUGAGCAAGAGCCUGAUACGGAUGAUGAUGAUGAUGACGAAGACUAUGGUUCAUCUUUACCAACACUGUCGGCAAUCGAUUAUGUGAAUGGGGCGAAAUCGAUUAUUUAUGCCAACGAGAAUAUCACCAAUCAAAAUGCUCUCGCAAUCAAUCAAAAUCUUCAAGAAUACCUGCGAGAAAUGAAACGAAAGCUGGAAUCAUUGCUUUACAACGUUCGCGAAAAGUACAAAUCAAAUGAGGUGCUUCGAGAACGGCUAAUAGACGAAACGACCACAUCGAAAAAAGACCUCAGAUGCACGUCGUUCUUUUUCUGUGGUAAGCCAUACUUCAAGCAAAUGGAUCUGUUUUCGGCGCCGGUAAACUCAGACUACCUGUACCGAAAGAAUGUCAAAAACGAAUACUUUCCCAUCGACCAUUUGGACACGUUCAAGCCGUGGAGUGCAAAGGACAAACUGUUUUUGGUGAACGGAGUGAAGGAGCAAUUGUUGACAUUUUUAAUGUCGAAUCAGAGAGACGCUGCUAGAAAUGUGAAGUCGAACACGAGACACGGAGAGAAAACGCGCAAAUCGAUAUUGGAAGACCGGUCGCUGCAAAGUAAAAAGUUGACCGAAUUAUUCGAAUUGGCCAAGGGAAGCAAUUUUGUGAUUGACUGGUUCACAAUAUCGACCAAGCAUUUGGAUGAACGACACUCAACACUGGAAUGUAUGGGAAUAUGGAUGAACAAUUUGAUACCAUCGUUAAACCGCUCGAAAUGGACGGACCAGGACGAUGAAAAACUGCUGGGAAUCGCUGACGAAUAUAAUUGCCAAAAUUGGAAUCAGAUCGGCAAGGAAUUGAACGGUCGUUCCGGUUACGAUUGUGUUAUACGUUAUCAGGGACUGAUAAACGAUCACAAUGUAUUGAAACAUUGCCGAUGGACGAAGGAAGAAGAUGAGGUGUUGAGGGAAGCAGUCGAAACGUGUCGCAUUGGUAGCUUUAUACCCUGGACAAAGGUAACCGACAGACUGCCUAUGCGAUCGAAAAUGCAAGUUUAUCACAGAUACAUGUUCACCCUCAAUCCGAGUAUAAAGAAGGAGAAGUUCACAGUCGAAGAAGACUGCAUCAUAACAGCAGCAGUAAAACAGUACGGCACAAACUUCCACAAGUUUUCUACGAAUCUGCUACCCGGAAGAACUUUGGUUCAAAUUCGCCAUCGGUACACAAAUGUUCUGAAGCAUGUGGACAAUUUCAAAGAGUGGACAGUCGAAGAUGACAUAAGACUGAUGGAGCUCACAAAAGAAUUUGGUGCCUCCGAUUGGGUGAACAUUUCCAAGCAACUCGUCCAUCACACAAGACUCAGCUGUCGUUCACGUUACGUCACCAUCUCAAAAUUUUUGGAAAAGAAUCCCAACAGCGAAGUGAAAGAUGUGCCGCGACGAGCACGAAAGCUAUCGACUAAUGUAAAAGAAAACAAUUGGAUGGAAGAGAUUGUGAACUACAAAAAAAAGUUGCACGCUGACGAAGCCGCGCAAAGUCGAGAAGGCCAGCCAGCAACUGCUGCCGGACAAGAUUUCCACGAAUUUUUCAAGUUUUCCUACAAUUUCGAAUUGAAGCAACUAUGCGAAGCUGACGAACCGGCUUCCGAUAAAUGUCGAGCCAUCAGCCACAUACUGCAGAACACUGUCUAUCCAAAAGAUCAUAAACUGUUGUACGGUCCGACCGAUUGCCGUAUCGAUAUGGCAUCGAUGAUCAGCUGUGAUGAUACCAAAGAAUACAUGCUGCCACCUAGUCGGAGCACAGCACUAAUGCUACGUGGACUAUCCGUUCUCUAUCCGAAUACGGAGAAAAUGCCUGAAAGCGUUCCCGCAGACUCACCGGCCUUACAACUGUUUAAGAAACGAUUUUUCUUGUUGCUGUAUAGUUCGGCAGUUGCCUCGUACACCACAAUGCCAUCCACUCGGAGACAAUCGACAGACACCGGCGAUUCUCCAGCGAAACGGAGAAAAUGCUAGUUUUGGAUAAUUUUGAAUUUUUAGUUAUAAUCGUACAGCUGUACUGUGAAUAUAUGAAGAACAAAUAAAUUCUAAUUCGGUUCAUAAUUGUUGA